UAAACCAACAGGGCUUUAUAGAGUUCACUAGAAGGAUCUUCAUACUGAGGUGAAGACAAUAAAGAGGGCAUUAGAGUAAUUUUUGUUAAAGAUAAAUGGCAUUUUAGACACGGUACGUAGUUGAAGCAGCCCUCUUUUACGCGCCCAUGUCUUUAAAGAGGACCGGCAGCAAAAAUACACGGUUUUUUCAGAAUCAAAAACCAACCUUCGCCGUUUGCCCCAAAGGCCCAGGAAGUCCAAUUCACGUCUUCGGUAAAUAUAUAUAUAGAGACAUAUAUAUAUAUAUAUAGAGGGAGAGAGAGAGAGAGAGAGUGUGUGUGUGUGUUGGCGAGGUUUCCAGCAAUCAAAAACAAAAGGAGUAUGGCGUUUGCGUCGUUUCUUGGGAGAGUUCUCUUCGCCUCUGUCUUCAUUCUCUCUGCUUAUCAGGAGUUUAACGAAUUUGGAUUCAAUGGGGGUCCAGCUGCAGAGGCUCUUAAACCAAAAUUUAAUGUCUUCACUCACCUUGUCAGUUCUAAAGCUGGUAUACAAGUGCCAGAUACUGAAAUCAAACAUUUAGUUGGCACAGCUAUAAUUAUAAAGGGCAUUGGAGGUAUCCUUUUCAUCUUUGGCAACUCUCUUGGGGCCUAUCUUCUGCUUAUGCAUCAGAUAAUUGUUACUCCUAUUUUGUAUGACUUCUUCAACUAUGGCAUUGAGGAGAGAGAAUUUAGUCAGCUUUUCAUCAAAUUUAUACAGAACAUGGCACUUUUUGGGGCAUUGCUGUUUUUCAUAGGGAUGAAGAAUUCAAUGCCAAAUAGGCGACGGAGGAGGGCUUCCAAAAUGAAAACAUUUUAAGAAUGGGUGGGUAUCAGUUGGUUGGGACGUCUCAGAAAGGAGAGGUUUUUGGGGUUCAUUAUGUGAUGUUCUUCUGUACAAAACUUGUUAUACUAUCGACCAUGACUUACUUAGUGUCAGUCUUUCUUGUACAAUGCAUUUCCCCCACUUUGAGGGGUUACGAUGCCGUUUUUAAAACUAUUUAAGGUUCCAAUUUUUCUGAA